GUUAGUGGCAGUCAACAACUUGGAGAUAAAGUUGAACUUGAAUUCCAAGCUUUCCGUCUUCAACAGUAUGAGCUUAAUGGGAACAUCAUCGGUAGCAAGACUUUUCGAGUUCAAUACGAGGCCGUAUCACUCAGUUCGAAAGCUUUAAGAAGAUGUGUUGUGGCCUCUUGGCGAGAUUUGACUGGCUACACUAAUCUGGAUGAUUUGUUGGCUAAUAGUGUCGGAGCGCUACUAGUCAUAAUACCAUCUGACUUGGAUGCUUUGUCGCCGACUGAUAAGACGUUGUUCUCUGAGCUGGAGCAUAGGUUAGCCACAGUUCGCACAGAAAUGGCCGUUUACGUGACACAUGCAUCUCCUGACGCAAGUGCAAUCCUUAGCGAUGUGCAGUCUUCAUCUGCCACUACAAAAUCGGCGACCCAGCAGUUGUUUAAUUCUAUAGCUGCCAAUACAUUCCAGUUCACUUCCACGGGCUCUCCCUCAUCAAAUCCCCUCACAUACAAACCAAAAAACAUCAUUGGUCGUCUGAGCAGCAGCGAACGCUCAGCACCAACGAUUGCCUUCGUUGCUCAUUACGAUUCACAUGCAGCUUUUCCUGGUGCUGCCGUAGGAGCAGAUUCGAAUGGUAGCGGAAUAGUAGUGUUGCUAGAGUUGCUAGCGAUUUUCAGAAAGCUAUAUGAAAAGCCAGCCACUAGGCCGCCUUUCAAUUUGGUAUUUGUAUGGACUGCAGCGGGAAAAUAUAACUAUCAAGGUGCAAGACAGUUUAUAGAAGAUUUCCAGAGUGAUAAUUCAGAUGACCAUCAUCUUGAGCUUGCUAUCUGCAUUGAGGCCCUAGGUGGAGCUGGACCCUUAAAGAUGCACGCUUCUAAACAACCUGCUGAUGGCUCUGCUGCCGGUUAG